AUGUCUUUGAAGCUGGAAAUCGAGACAUGGGUGGCGGCCCUGGCUCGUUAUGACAACAAUGAGUUCGAUGACGCUCUCGGCGAGUUCGACAGGAUCGCCGACACAAGCAAGAUUCUGUUUAAUAUGGGUGUUAUCCACGCUACACUAGGCGAACAUGAGAAAGCUGUCGAAUGUUAUCAGCGUGCCAUUCGCCUUGACCAGUAUCUCGCUGUUGCAUACUUUCAGCAAGGUGUGUCCAAUUUCUUACUAGGCGACUUCGAAGAGGCUCUCGCGAAUUUCAACGAUACGCUAUUGUACUUGCGGGGCAAUACAAUGAUCGACUAUGCUCAGCUCGGUCUCUUAUUUAAGCUUUAUUCUUGCGAGGUACUCUUCAACAGAGGCUUAUGCUACAUUUAUUUGCAACAGAGGGAGGCUGGAAUGCAGGAUCUAUCUUAUGCGGUGAAGGAGAAGGUUGUAGAGGACCACAAUGUUAUAGAUGAGGCGAUCCGCGAAGAGGCUGAAGGAUAUACCGUUUUCUCUAUCCCAGUUGGCGUAGUCUACCGACCAAAUGAAGCCAAAGUUCGAAACUUGAAAACCAAGGACUAUCUAGGUAAAGCAAGACUAGUAGCUGCGUCAGAUCGGUCGAAUGCCUUUACUGGUUUUACGGGGUCAGAAAUCAAGAAUGCUGGUCAGAACGAAGUUAAAGAUGACCGGCCGGCGGACAAUAUUUCCUUUGCCGCAACGAACCUGGUUAAGCCCGGUAUUCAGUCACGGCGGCAGCAAUCAGAACCCCCAACGAGCCGAAAUGUAUUUCCACCCACCCCUCCUCCUGAAAAUGACCGACCCAAUCGCGGAAGUGUUCGGAACGGCUCAAGGCCGACGCCUGCAAAAUUGACGAUUCAGACGCAAGAUAUUGGCCGGAAGUACGAGAAAGCUCCUUCCCCCGAAGAAAUUCGCGCGACUCGGUCUGCAUCAUCAUCAGUGUCUCGGGGCUUCUCUAGAAGAGACCUCCCACCAAUGCAACGACGCCCAACCAGACCAAUCGAGGAAGAGGACGAAGCGGACCCGGCUGAUCUGUACGACAUGUACCAAGGCAGGGGAGGUGGGUCAAGUAUGUCGAGAGACAGCCGUCCUUCCACGCGCUCUAGACAGCAGCCUCGAUAUCCUGAAGAAGACGACGGAUCAGACUAUGAUGGCUCUCUUGGCGGAGCUGAGUUUGAAAUGGUGUCGAAUAAUCGCAGGCGCCAAGGCUCGAGAUCAGAUUCUCGCGCUGCUUCCCGUCGACCUGAGAUUCGCAAGAUUCGUGUCAAGGUUCAUGCCGAUGAUGUCAGAUACCUUAUGAUUGGCACGGCGAUUGAAUUUCAAGACUUGGUGGACAGAAUAAAAGAUAAAUUUGGAUUGAGACGACGCUUCAAGAUCAAGAUCAAGGAUGAGGAUAUGCCUGAUGGAGACAUGAUAACUAUUGGAGACGAGGACGAUUUGGAAAUGGCGAUUCAGAGUGCAACUAACCAGGCCAAGAGGCAGAGACUAGAAGUUGCUAAGAUGGAGAUUUGGAUUUUCGAUCUUUAG